UCCGCUUGGCGCCCAUUCCGUUCCUGUGCUGGGAUGACUAAGGCACCUGAGCCUGUGGCCUCCUCAAGCUGUUCCUGGAAUUCUGGCCACAGCCAGGAUAAGUGCAGGAAUAAAUACCACCCGAGCAGAGCCUCACUUAGCGACUGUUAUCUUAGAGGGCCUUUGAGGCGUUCGUGAUGGAAGCUGAGUUGUCUGCGGAGGGUCAGGUUGUCCUGGAAUUGCAACAGCCGACCGACCACGAAGAGGAAGCUGAGGAAAGGUCUGGGCCAGCUCGUAAAGUGCCAAGGCUAAACGGGGCUCAGGAAGACGAAAAUACUGCUGGCCGGGCACCUUCUCGAGGGGCAGAAGAAUCCAGGUCCGAGGACACCGCCCAGGGCUUUGAGGAAGGGCUGGAAAAUGGGAAGAAGGAAGGAACAGCUGACGAGGGGGGAGCGUUGACCAACCAAGGAGAAUACUACUUUCCAGCAUAUGACUUUUCGGAGGCCCCCCGACUUUUGACGGGCUCCUGGGCGGAGUAUAGUCAUGUCCCAGAGAACUUCCUGAAGGGCUGCAAAUGGGCUCCUGACGGGACUUGCCUGCUUACCAACAGUGCCGACAACACCCUGCGCAUAUACAACCUUCCCACAGAGCUGUAUGCAGAGGAGUGGGGGACUGUUGCCGAAAUGAGCCCCGUCCUGCACAUGGCGGAAGGAGAUACCAUCUACGACUACUGCUGGUUCCCGCUGAUGAAUUCUUCUGACCCGCAGAGUUGUUUUGUCGCCAGCAGCAGUCGUGACAACCCCAUCCACGUGUGGGACGCCUUCUGUGGGGAUCUGCGGGCCUCCUUUCGCCCUUACAAUCACCUCGAUGAGUUAACGGCCGCCCACUCCCUCUGCUUCACUCCCGACGGCGCCCAGCUCUUCUGCGGGUUCGACAAGAUGGUGCGAGUGUUCAACACAUCGCGACCCGGUCGGAUGUGCGAGAACAGGCCCACUUUUGCAAAGAGGCAAGGCCAGAGUGGGAUUAUCUCUUGCAUUGCCUUCAGCCCGACUCAGCCGCUGUACGCCUGCACGUCCUACUCGAAGACCGUCGGCCUCUAUUCCCGCGCAGAGGGGGACCCAUUGGCCAUGCUUCUUGGGCACCGUGGCGGCGUCACCCACGCGCUCUUUUCACCGGAUGGCAGUUACCUUUUCACCGGUGGCCGCAAGGCCGCUGAGAUUCUUUGCUGGGACCUUCGACAGCCGGGCGAAAUUGUCUUCGCUCUCUCCAGAACCGUGGCCACCAAUCAGAGACUCUAUUUUGACGUGGAUCCGAGUGGGAAGUAUUUGCUGAGUGGGAACACCAAUGGGCUCAUUACAGUCUGGGACACCACCCAGCCUCCUUCCUCUGGCCCCCCAGCUGUGUUACAGCCCAUCCUGCAGUUCCAAGCCGUGGGGGACUGCAUUAAUGGGAUCAGUCUCCACCCCAGCCUGCCGCUGUUGGCCAGCGCCUCUGGCCAGCGUAAAUUUCCUGACCUGCUGGACAGCGGGGAGGACGAGGAGAAAGAAGGAGGGGACCGCCUGCCUGGUCAUCCUGGGGCGCAGGGCGACAACUCUCUUCGGCUGUGGUGGUGCUCCUCGGCCGCUGGAGUCGGGGAGGCCGUGUCCUAGCCGGGGAGCGGAGAAAGCCGGGCCCCGUCCGUGGCCUCUUCUCUGGGUUGCGGAGCUGCGAGGAGCUGAACGAGACCAGUCGCUGUUGUGGCAGGCGUGUGCUGCUGGCAUGCAGAGGGCUGGUCUGCCUGCGUGUUCCAGGACCGUGCAUAUGAAAACUGCUCCCGGCGGGUGGGCAGGCAGGCGGGCAUCCCUUUGCUUGGACGUGAGCACUUGUUCUAAACGGAGGACAUGAGUCUGCAUGAAGGCACAAUUGGAAAGGGGGGUUUCGAAGAGGGGUCUCGGGGGAAGCCCAAAUCUCCCACCCCCAGCCUUGCUCCUGGGCUGGAGAAAGGGGUCCCAGGUGGCCUGCCCCCCCCUCUUUUGGAACCAAGGGAGGACAGUGGACCCUUCCGCCGGUGUCUCUUUCAAGAGUUCCUCUCUCUCCAGUCUUGUUGGUGGCUUUUCUGGCUCUGCCCGGCAGACGGGCUUCGGCAGUGACUGUCCUGAGCCAGGGAGGACUUUCUCUGGGCGUGGGCUCGAUGUUUAUUUCCCGUACCUAUUUUCACGCUGCAAAAUGCGUGUUCACCUUCUAACGAAA